CUAUCCACAAAUGGAGGGUCCUUCUUUACUACACUCUUUACAAUCCCAUGAUUGUUCCAUUCCAAGUUGCUAUUUUUUUAUAAUAAUUUUGUAAGAUCGCUCCUAGGAAUUUGUAUUUUUUAUAUAUACUUCUCUUUGAUUCUACUCUACCUCUAAAAGCUAAUCUUUUCUCUCUUAAAUCAGUCAAUUUCAAGAGUCAGUAUACAAUUUUCACUGUUAAUGUGCUUUAAUAAUGGAUUCUAUGCAUCUGUCACACUGUUAUUCAGCUCUAAAUGUGAAAAAGAGACAACCCCAGAUCAAGAUUUCGAAGCAAUUCAAUGUUGUUCAUCAGAUAAGUCAUAGAAGUGUGAGAAAUUUGACCCUUUUGCCUACAAGAAAUUUGGGUUUUUUCAUGGAUCGUAGGGUUAAAGGAAUUGUCUGUGGGGUAUCUUCUGUUGAAACCAGGGAAAACCAAAAUAAAGGAAAGAAUAAAAAUAAUUCUAGAUCAUCUAGUGAGAAGGUUCAUCUACGUUUUCGACUUGAUCACCAAGUCGAAUAUGGGGAGCACAUUGCAGUUUUGGGAUCGGCCAAAGAAUUAGGGUCCUGGAAGAAGAAUAUAAUGAUGGAUUGGACAGAAAAUGGAUGGAUUGGUGAAUUGGAAGUACGAUCUGGCGAGACUCUUGAGUAUAAGUUUGUAAUUGUUGGUAAGGACAAGAAAAUGUUAUGGGAAAACGGCAGUAAUCGGAUCUUGAAGCUACCAGAAGGAGGAAGCUUUGAACUGGUCUGUCAAUGGAAUGUGACAGAUGUGCCUGUGAAUUUGUUGCCAUUGGAUCCAUUUGAGGUAGAGAAGGUAGUGGAAGAGACAAGUGAUAAUGGAGCUAAAAUUACUAGCCAGGCAGCUGUUCCUGACGUAGUAACAAGUCCGUUUGUGGAGCAAUGGCAAGGGAGGGCUGCAUCUUUUGUACGUUCAAACGACCAGCUGGAUUCUGAUAAAAACAGGAAGUGGGACACAUCAGGUCUCACCGGAAUUUCCCUAAAGCUUGUUGAAGGUGAUAAAAAUGCUCGGAAUUGGUGGCGGAAGCUUGAGGUUGUUCGAGAACUCGUUGUUGAAAACAUGGAUAGUUCACAUCGCUUGGAGGCUCUUACGUAUGCAGCUGUCUAUCUAAAGUGGAUAAACACAGGGCAAAUUCCUUGCCUUGAAGAUGGGGGUCACCACCGACCAAAUAGGCACGCAGAGAUUUCCAGGCUUAUAUUUCGUGAAGUAGAAAAAGUCUUGAGCAGGAGAGACACUACGCUUCAGGAAAUACUUGUGAUCCGGAAGAUGCAACCGUGCUUGCCUUCUUUUAAAGCAGAAUUCACUGCAUCUGUUCCUUUAACAAGAAUCAGGGACAUCGCUCAUAGGAAUGAUAUUCCGCAUGAUCUUAAGCAAGAGAUCAAACAUACUAUACAAAACAAACUCCAUAGAAAUGCUGGCCCUGAAGAUCUAGUAUCCACAGAAGCAAUGCUCGAAAGAAUUACCAAGCAACCUGGACAAUAUAGUGAGGCAUUUGUAGAACAAUUCAAGAUUUUCCACAAUGAACUAAAAGAUUUCUUCAAUGCUGGGAGUCUUGAUGAACAACUAGAAUCUAUAAGAGAAUCACUCGAUGGAAGUAGCUUGUCAAUGCUUUCAUCAUUCUUGGAGUCCAAAAAGGAAUUGGUUAGAUUGGAUGAAAAACAUAAUGUUUCAGAGACUGAAAGAACUGGUAUUCUAGUCAGGACUAUUAACUCUCUGAAUGCUCUUCGUGAAGUAAUUGCCAAGGGGCUUGAAAGUGGCCUCCGAAAUGAUGCUCCGGAUGCUUCAAUAGCUAUGCGUCAGAAGUGGCGUCUCUGCGAAAUCGGGCUUGAAGACUAUGCAUUUGUUCUUUUGAGCAGGUUUGUGAAUGCAGUUGAAGCUCUAGGCGGAGCUGAUUGGCUUGCAGAGAAUGUAACAGUGAAAAACGUUAGUUCUUGGAAUGAUCCAAUUGGAGCACUUACAGUUGGAAUCCAACAGCUAGGUAUAUCUGGUUGGAAGCCCGAGGAAUGCAAAGUUGUUGGAAAUGAACUUUUGUCAUGGAAAGAAAGGGGUAUUUCAGAAAUUGAAGGCAGCGAAGAUGGUAAGACUAUAUGGGCAUUAAGACUAAAAGCGACUCUUGAUAGAAGUCGAAGGUUAACUGAGGAGUAUUCCGAGACACUUCUCCAAAUAUUCCCUGAAAAAGUACAGAUUUUAGGAAAAUCUUUGGGGAUUCCUGAAAAUACUGUCAGAACAUUCACUGAAGCUGAAAUUCGAGCAGGUGUGGUUUUUCAGGUUUCGAAGCUUGCUACACUACUUUUGAAGGCUGUUAGAAGGACAAUUGGGUCUUCGGGAUGGGAUGUUCUCGUACCAGGAGAUGCUUUUGGAGAGCUAAUACAGGUGGAUAGAAUUAUCCCCGGGACUCUACCAUCAUCGGCAACAGGACCUGUUAUUCUUGUAGUGAACAAAGCUGAUGGAGAUGAAGAGGUGACUGCAGCAGGGAGUAACAUAUCUGGAGUUGUACUUCUACAGGAGCUACCACAUUUAUCUCAUCUAGGUGUUAGGGCCCGGCAGGAAAAGGUAGUUUUUGUGACCUGCGACGACGAUGACAAAGUUUCUGAUGUAAGACAACUACUAGGAAAAUGUGUGAGGUUAGAAGCAUCAUCAACUGGUGUAAAGUUAACUGCUUCUUCAUCAGAGAAGGCGGGUGGUGUUUCUCCAAAUAAACUUCCUUCAAGUAAUACUUCUUCUGCAGGUGCAACCUCAUCAGGCAGCAGUGCUUCCUCAAUUGCCGUCAAAUCAUCUCAAGUUAAAGAGUUCUACUUGCAGGUUGGACCUACCAGAGGUGUUAUUCCUCUUGUUGAUGCAGAUAUACAAACCUCUGGUGCAAAAGCUGCUUCUUGUGCUCAAUUAGCUUCACUGGCCACUUCUUCUACUAAAGUUUAUAGUGACCAAGGUGCACCAGCAUCAUUUAACGUUCCUGCUGGAGCAGUUAUUCCAUUUGGUUCCAUGGAAAGGGCAUUGGAAACGAACAAGUUAAUGAAGACCUUCAAAUUGCUUGUCGAACAGAUAGAAACAGCUGAAAUUGAUGGCGGUGAACUUGAUAAACACUGUGAGGAUCUCCAGAAGUUAAUAUCUUCUCUAUUGCCUGGACAAGAUGUCAUUGAAAGCUUGGGAGAAGUAUUUCCCGGUAAUGCACGUUUAAUAGUGCGUUCAAGUGCUAAUGUCGAGGACUUGGCGGGGAUGUCAGCAGCCGGACUUUAUGAUUCAAUUCCUAAUGUUAGCCCUUCAGAUCCAAUAAGGUUUGGACAUGCUGUAGCCCGUGUUUGGGCCUCGUUGUAUACUAGAAGAGCAGUACUGAGCCGCAGAGCUGUUGGUGUGUCCCAGAAAGAUGCUACAAUGGCCGUGCUAGUGCAAGAAAUGCUUUCACCAGAUUUAUCUUUUGUCCUCCACACACUGAGCCCAACGGACAACAAUCAUAACUUCAUUGAGGCUGAAAUUGCACCUGGACUCGGUGAAACACUCGCUUCAGGAACAAGGGGUACUCCGUGGCGUCUAUCUAGUGGUAAAUUUGACGAUACAGUGCGCACACUGGCAUUCGCCAACUUUAGUGAGGAGAUGGUUGUAGGUGGCAAUUCCCCUGCUGACGGAGAAGUUAUUCUCUUGACUGUCGAUUAUAGCAAGAAACCUUUAACAAUCGACCCCAUUUUCAGACGUCAGCUUGGUCAGAGGCUUGGCGCUGUUGGUUUCUACCUAGAACGCAAGUUUGGUUCUCCUCAAGAUGUCGAAGGAUGUUUGGUUGGUAACGAGAUUUUCAUUGUGCAAUCGCGACCUCAACCCCAGUGAGAUGUCGAUUUUGCACUGAACUUCUUCACAAUAGUGUUUGUAAAAUUCAGCAUCUCUCUGAGGUGUACAUAGUUUGAUUAAAUAAGCUUAUACUAGUCCUAUAC